AUGAGAGUUGUCUCUUACAAUGCGCGUGGCCUGCGCUUAGGUCAGAGCGCUAGUGACAAAGCGCGACGCAUUGUGAUUGACCAACUCUUUGACAGCGCGGACAUUCUAUGCAUACAAGAGACACUACUGGCCAAACAGGACCUCGAGAGACUUAAUUCGGUGCAUAAUGACUUCUACGGGGCAGGGGAGUCUACAACUGAUUUGAGUUUGGGACUAAUUGACUUCAUCAAGAAAUGGGUGUGCAGUCGACACAGAACAAGUGUUUCAGUACGCCGGGGAUCCAUGUUCUACAAGUCCCGUAGAUCUCUUCAGAACCACCUGGAGUUUAUUUACAGAUUUUCCCAAGGACUGCGCAUGAGGCAAGUGGACCUCAUUGAAGAUGCUGUUGCAGCAAGUAGCAGAACCUUGACAAAGAUGUCUUCGACUUUGAGAAAAGUCUGCAUCCGCGCUAUUCACAAACUUCGCACUAAAGGCAAAAUGAAAGUUGGUGGCCGUCAUCGCUUUGUCAUGCUGGACGAAAGCAAGUUCACUGGGAGGAACCAAUACAAUCGUGGGAGGAUGGGACCAGUGUGGAGGCGAAACAAAAAAUGGGUGUUUGGCAUUUUAGAAAUUUCCCGUGACACAAGGAGACCCAUUCUGAAAAUCGUCCGAAACAGGUCCACGGACCAACUCCUUCCAAUCAUACAUCGGCAUGUUCGCAGAGGAUCAAGCAUUGUUACCGACGAAUGGAGAGCUUACAGGAGAGCCCUUUCAGAGGAAGGGUAUGAUCAUCAUACUGUCUGCCACAAGAGAAACUUUGUAGAUCCUGGUUCUAGAUGUCAUACGCAGAAUUUAGAGAGAGCCUGGCAAACAUUUAAAUGUGACGUUUGGCGCCAUAGAGGAAAUCGGACAACAUCACUGUUAAAAGAACAUUUAAGGGUUAUUGAAUGGGAGUACUGGCUUGGGCGAUGUCACAGAUAUGGGGUCCUUGGGCGACUACUACAUGACAUUCGGAAAUUUAAUGUUCAUGAAUGUGCAUGA